UGCAAUUUUGUAAAAAUAAACUCAUAAUCACAUUUAUUAGGAUGAAAAAUAACGUUAUUUUAGUAGCAUAAAGUCAAAAUAUUAAAGAAAAAAUAUGAUUUAUAAAAAAAAAGUUGUCAUAUUAUGAGAAACAAAGAAAACUAAAUAAAGUUGUAAUUUAAAAAAAAUUAGGUUUGGGAAUAAAGUUAAAAUAUUAUGGGAAUAAAGUCAUAAUAUUAUGAGACUAAAAUUUAUAAAGCUUAUCUCAGAAGAAAGUUAAUAAAACAGCAAAAAUGUGGGAAAAAAAGCCAAAGAGCGAAGUUGGUACAAAUAAUAGGCUUUUCCACCUAUAUCACAAAGCUGAGACGCAGUUUUUUUUCUUCAAAUAUAUAAAUACGUUAACUUCUUAGCCCAUCUACAUGUGUUGCUUUACAAAAUAUCAAAGUGGCUAAGUUGCAUCCUUUCAUUUUUCACUAUGUGGCCCUUGGUGGAAAAAGUUUGAACACCCCUACUCUGAGGGGACGCUCACUGUGCCACACUAUGAAAACUCUUAAUCUGACCAGUAGAGCACAAGCAAGCAUUCGAGCUCUCCUAACUAAUGCUUGCAAUGCAGUUUACGUUGGUUAUGGUAUGAGUGGGUAUGGAGUGGCUGUUGUGGGUGUGGGUGGGGCGGCGUUACACUUAAGUCACUGUGAAGAUUCAGCACAUCAUUCGGACAAUGAGGCCACAAGGAGGGGUCAGAGUCAGCAGUGCAGCGUGAGAACUGACGGUUCUGAUCCUGUGCUUUUACAGAAAAGGACAAGCAGAGCAGGAUUCCCUCCUGACAAAACCCAAGCUUGAAACUAUGAUAUUACCGGAAUCUAAGGAUGCGCACACGAGGAGUUCAGAGGAGAAAAGGCCCAUCCAGAAGCACCACUUAUCAAACCAUCUUAUCCCUAAACGGAAUAUUUCACCGCUCAACACAAGUGUCAAUUAUGAGCCACAGGACUACACUGAGACAGACCCCCUGCUUCCUACUGAGCGCUUCAGUGGGUCAAGACUCGAUGGAUCUGAGGAGGCCAAGAUGUCACAUGGUGCAGAGGUACCCCCAGAGUCAGUCUGCUCCAUGGUGCUGCAGAUACUGGUGCCGUUCCUUCUGGCUGGGUUGGGCACAGUCUCUGCCGGAUUGCUGCUUGAUGUGGUCCAGAGCUGGGACGUAUUCCAGGAAAUCUCAGAGCUCCUCAUUCUGCUUCCUGCUGUGUUGGGAAUGAAGGGCAACCUCGAAAUGACUCUGGCCUCCAGACUGUCAACUGCUGUAAAUGCAGGAAGAAUGGAGUUUGCCGGAGAGAAAUGGAUGCUGAUCAUUGGCAGCCUGGCACUCAAGCAGCUCCAAGCCACCGUUCUUGGCCUCUUAGCCUCCCUAAUGGCGAUCGUGUUGGGCUGGAUUGCUGAAGGACAGAUGCCCUUUAACCACGUCAUCCUUGUGUGUUCAACCAGUGUUUCUACCACAUUUGUGGCUUCACUGCUGCAAGGCAUCAUAAUGGUGGGAGUGAUUCUUGGCUCCAAGCGGAUGGGUAUCAACCCUGACAAUGUGGCUACACCCAUGGCAGCCAGUUUUGGAGACCUCAUCACUCUUGCCUUUCUGGCCUGCUUCAGUCAGUUGUUCUUCUCCCUCAUGGAGCUAUAUUCCUACGUGUUGUACCUCGUCGAUCUGUUUUUGUUGUGCUUGAUCCCUCUGUGGAUUGUGGUCUCAUCCAAACACCCUGCCAGUCGCAUCCUGCUCCGGACUGGUUGGGAGCCCAUCAUAACAGCCAUGUUCAUCAGCAGUAUUGGAGGACUUAUUCUGGACAAGACGGUGUCAGAUCCAAACAUGGCAGGAAUCAUUCUUUAUGCUCCAGUCAUCAAUGGCGUCGGAGGAAACCUCGUCUCUAUACAAGCUAGCCGCAUUUCCACAAAUUUGCAUUUGAAUUUCUCACCCGGGGAGGUUCCUGAGGAUCGUACGAGGUGCUAUAACCCUUGCAGCACCUUCUUUGGUUCAGGACCAAAUCACAAAUCUGCUAAGGUUCUUCUUCUUUUGGUCAUCCCUGGUCAGUUGGUUUUCUUAUACGCAAUUCAUCUGAUAAAAGGAGCCUACACGAUGCCCAGCCCUCUCUUUACUGUUGCCUUUUUGUCAGCUUCCCUCAUUCAGGUCCUCUCCUUGCUGAGUGUAGCGGACUGUAUGGUCCACUGCUUAUGGAGGAGGGGUAAAGACCCAGACAGUUAUUCUAUACCCUAUCUCACAGCUCUUGGUGAUCUACUGGGGACUGCUCUCCUCUCCCUUUCCUUCCUAUUACUUUGGUGCAGUGGGGACUCUGGCGGUUUUUAAGUUCAGAGAAAUGUAUGCAAUUGCAAUGUGUGUGUGUGUGUGUGUGAGCAUGUGUGUGUGCCUGAAUGUGAGACGACAACAAAAUAAAGUUAUAAAGUUGUCAAGUAAACUGAGAGUGUCCUGGAGAUAACGCCUGAUGUUGUCCACCUGAUGCCGGCAAAGGGCAGCACCAAUGAAUACAUUUUUGGAAAAUUAGGUUAUGGAAAAAGUGAUCAUGUUAUGAGAAUUAAAGGGAAAAUAUUAUGGUUAUGGUUGAAUUUAUUACGAACAUGCAUACAGCAUACAUUGAGUGCUUCAUGUUACAAGUCACAGUUUCACAUGUCCGAAAAGGAGUAGGAAGAAGCACAGCUUAUUUAAUCCUACCUCCCUCUUUGUAUCACAUCUAUUGCUAAUGCAUACGGGUACUCACCGAAAAAUCAGAAUAUCCAGUAAAAG